UCCUUUUAGUAAAUUAGUAAACCCAUCCAGGAGUGCAGGAGUACUCUGUAGCUAGUUUAUAUCAUUUUAGCUUGUGCAAUAUUAUACUGAGUUUAACAAAAGUGUUUUUGGUUUUAAUCAGGUGAGGUCUACGGAAGGUUUAUGAAUUUAUGAUAAAUGUCUGAGGUCAUGAUAUAACAGGGCUUGGUUUGUUUUUGCGCAGCUGCUUAAGUUUGGGAGAAAUAAACCCACUACAAUGCAGCUGUUAGACAGUUACAACUAACCUUCUGCUGAUCGAUCAUACACCAAACCCUGGAAUUUAAGCCACAUUUUCUACUGCAGGAUCCAAAAAACACGUCUCAGAGAUGCAGAUGCACUUUGAAGCGUCGAGCACUGUCACAUUGCUCUUUGACUUCUGGAGUGUGCACGGACCUGGAGGAAUGGUUCUUUCAGUCGUGGUGGUACUGCUGCUCACGGUAUUAUACGAGUUCCUCAAGGUGUGGAAGAACGUUCUGGUCAAACGGUCUGAAACUCUUCUAGCUCCUUGUGUCCCUGCCUCCUCUUCUCCGAAUCCCCCCUGCUUUUCUUCAGUGCUGGAACAUCCUGAGGGCACCUCAUCGCUAGCUAACAGUCCGUCCCAAGUUUCUCUGGCUCCCACGGAGACCACGACUACCCCUGUUCUCGGCACUUCCGCUGUAAACAGCUGGCUUCUACAUGGCGUCAGGACAGGAGUGCAUAUUGUUCAGGUGGUUCUGGGAUACAUGCUUAUGCUCUGCGUCAUGUCCUACAACGUCUGGAUAUUCCUCGGAGUGAUUGUGGGCUCUUUGUUAGGCUACUUCAUCGCUUUCCCUCUCUCGGGUUAUGUGAUGUAACUGACCAGGAGUAAAGUAGAUGCUACUAAUCAGGGAUUUAUUUCCUUUUUCUUUUAGACUGACAAACUAUACAAAUUACGCAGAAGGGCCGCCAGACCUUAACCUCAGGUCCAGAGCAGGUCAAGUUUUUGUACCCAGUAUGCAAAAGUGGGAUAUUUUUAGUGUAUGGAGAUUUGCAUGGAUUUUUUUUCCCCCUAGAGAAUGCAAUGCUGUUUUAACUUAAUCAUAAAGCGUAAAAUUUGAUUAGUUUUCAGAGUGCAUAUGUUAGAAGUUAGCUUUUAACUCACUGUAAUUUAAACAGUGCAAUUUCUAAUUAUAUGAUCGUUGUGCUCCAAGUCGAUUUAUAGUCUUGAGUUCAUGGCUUUAGCCCUGGGACACCUGAUCUCCUGUCCAAACGUGGUGUCAGGUGACCAGAUCCUGGCUAGUCAAAGUCAAUGCCACUUUACUGUGUAGUAGUUAAUGUGUAUUUCUUUUUAACACGCACAGAAGAAUGUGUUUAUGUGUAUACACUGUAUCUCCCGGUGUGUAAUAGCCGGGAAUGACUUUACUUCUCUCUUGAAAGAUUUAGUCAUGCUGUGAACUCCCGUGGUUGCACAGCUUUUAGACCUCGUGAUGGACACAAUACUCACAUGUCAGUGACUUCCUUCUGUACAGGAAGUAACAGUUAGGAAAAAAAAAAGUGUGAAAA